GCACGCAAUUGGCAUUUAGUAGAGCAGAGAGCGGCUGCUCCUCCAUUAUUGACCUCUGCUAAUGAAUCUGCACUGCACCGCCCGCCCGCUCAGCCAUGGCAGACACAAGCGUGAGCUGGCUGUACGUCACACCGGUCGAUUCGCAAGGGCCUGCCCUAAACUAAUAUUGACGGAGGUGGAGGUGGCGCUUGAUCCGGCUUUGACUUCGAGAUCCAUGCGAUGCCGAAUGCCAAGGUGAGGGGAAAGGGCGAGGAAGGGUUAAUUUUCUCGGGCGCAGUGUCGGAUUAACAGUAGCCAGUUCACCGGGAUCCCAAAAAAAGUCGGGAUCGAAUGGAAGAGACGAUGCAGUGCAGUGUGCAGCACAGGAAGCGUGUUCUUCUGCUCUGCAGCCAGAUCGAGAUUUUUUUCUUUUUUAUGUGCGAUUGCAAAUGGAGCUCACCUCCAUCGCUGACCGUCUCCAGGCUGAACUGGACUUGCUCGGGGAAAAGUAAUUAAAUGAAUUUGAGGUCUCCUGUUGCAGCGGGAAGAAGAUGUUUAUUAAUAUCCAUGGCGAUGGUGAGGCGGUUUUGUGAUCUGUGCAGGAAUUUGAGAUCUGGAAUAGGAAUCCAAAAGAGAGAUUUGUAGAAGGUUUGAGUGCAGUGAGGUAUGGGAACGGGAGGGUGGCGGAGAGCCUUCUGCACGGCGGUCCGACGGGAUCCCGGCGUGACGGAGGCGGCGGGGGAGAAGAAGCAAGCAGGUGAUUGCGAGAAGCAGCCGCAGCAUCGUGCCGGACCCAGCCACGCGUUGAGCUGCGCCAAGUUGAGUUUUUUCUCCGGCGGUGGAGACGGGUGUGGCGCGUCGCCGGAACUCCGCUGCCGGACGAAGUCGAACGGUUGUAGCGACGCGCCGACGCCGACGAUGAGCACGCGCACAUCAACCGCCGCCGCCGUUGCCACCACGGCUAGGAGGCGCAGCAGCCCUGCGCUGUUUCACCGGAAGGCCUCCUCUGCUCCUUCCUCGCUGAGAUCCGCUUCAGAAUUUGGCCUCUUGCAGCACCUCUCCAAGAGUCGGUGCCGGAUAUGUUGGCAGAGCCUGAGGGCGAGCCAGGAUGUGCCGGUGUUCACGGCGGAGUGUUCCCACGCGUUCCACUUCCCUUGCAUCAUCGCCCACGUCAGGACCCAUGGCAGCGUCGCCUGCCCCAUCUGCUCAGCCGCCUGGCGCCAGGCGCCCUUUCUCUCCGCCGUGCAACGCCAGGAGGAAGACACCGAACAGGUGAUCGACGGCGAGGCUGAUAACCGGAACCCCAAUCGAAGAACUUCCGGCAGAAGCAGCCGUAGCACCGCCGGUGGCCGUGAACCUAUCAAGAUUUAUGAUGAUGAUGAGUCGUUGCUUCUUGCGCUGCCCAAGCCCAACCAAGGAGGCGUGCGGUUCAAUCCUAUACCGGAAGUGGCCAACGAGGACGAGGAGUGCAGCGGCGAAAAGGGCUCGGAAAGAGAGGACGAGUUCCAUGGGCUUCUUGCCGGAACUCGUCGAGCAACGCCGAGGUCGAGGGCCGGCGGCGUCCAUGUGACAGUUAUGCCACAGACGGCCCUGCUCUCCAAGGGGCAGAGACACUGGAACUACGUGGUGGCGAUCAAGGUGAAAGCUCCGGCGUUGCGGCCGUCGAAGCUCCUCGACCAGACGCGGGGCCGCGCCCCGAUCGACCUGGUGAUGGUUUUGGAUGUGAGCUACGGCAUGGCGGGUGAGAAGCUCCAGAUGCAGAAGCGCGCAAUGCGGCUGGUGGUGUCGUCACUGGGUUCCGCCGACCGCCUCUCCAUCGUCGCUUUCUCGGCCUCAGCGGGCCCCAAGCGGCUCCUCCCUCUCCGACGGAUGUCGAGGCGGGGCCAGCGCGCCGCCCGACACAUCGCCGAGAGGCUCGUCGCGGUGGAUCCGUCUGGAGAGUCGGCGAGCAUCGGCGACGCCCUCAGGAAGGCUACCAAGGUUCUGGAAGACCGCAGGGAGCGCAACCCAGUGGCCACCAUCAUGCUCCUCUCCGACGCCGGCCGAAACCUAGAGGAGCCCAAAGACAAGCUCACCCACUCGCCCCGUGGCCCCGUCGCCGCCAACACUCGCUUUGCGCAUCUGGAAAUCCCCGCCGGAUUCCCGAAGAAGCAGAGCGAGGUGCCAUCAGAGGACGCUUUCAUCAAGUGCGUGGGCGGCCUCGUGUCCGUCGUGAUGCAGGACGUCUGCGUCCACCUCGAAUUCCCGUCAGGCGAGAUACGCGCCGUGUAUCCUUCCGGCGGAGGCGACAGCGACGUGACUAUUGGAACAGGGAGCUCUGUUCUUCGGCUGGGGGAUCUCUAUGCCGAGGAGGAGAGGGAGCUUCUGGUCGAGCUACGAAUGGCGGUGACUGGAGAGCAACAGAUCGAGCGGCAUUGUUUGUCUGCCAAGUGCAAGUAUCGGGAUCCGGCAACCCACAAUCUCUCGUUCGACGAGGAGCAGCUAGUUCCCCUGCCGCCUCUCCGCCCCGAUCUCCGCGACGCCGCUUCGUUGUGGCUACGCAACGCUUUCGUCACGACGCGGGCGAUGGUGGAUUCGAAACGCCAAGUCGAGGACUCGGAAUUCACCACCGCUCACCGCCUGCUCUCCUCCGCCCGCGCCUUGGUGCUCCAGUCGGCUACUGAUGCGCAGGAUUCCCACCUGGUCCGACUACUGGACGCCGAGCUCGCUGAGGUGCAGCGGCGGCGGGAGGUCCACGUGGCGCAUCCAAAGGAGGAGGCGAUUUCUCAGGCCGAGAGGCAUCGGCAGCGGAGAGGUCCAGCGGAGGUGCGGGAGGAGUCGCUGACGCCGACGUCCGCCUGGCGCGCCGCCGAGCAGCUGGCGAAGGUGGCCAUCAUGCGGAAAUCUCUGAACCGGGUGAGCGAUCUUCACGGGUUUGAGAACGCACGGUUUUAGGAAAAAGACCAAACCGAAGCAAAUCUUAUACAAGUAAAUUUAAACCGAACCUCACCUCACCUCACCUCCCCUUCCUGUACGUACUUUCAACCAUGUUAUUUUCUCGAAUGAACAACUGGUAUGAACUAGUAAGAUAUAAUUGAAUUAUACGAUUUGAGUUUAUUUA